AUGUUUGCGAGAGCCUCUCUCUGCUCUGCCUGCAAGUGGCCAGUGCCAACGCGGCUCUGGAGACAGCCUCAGAGUCAAUAUUUACACGCGACACCCGCAUUGGAGCUCCCGCGCCGGAAGGACUUCUUCUCAUCCAAUGCGCAUCUUUCGCAGAAACAGUCCAGCAAGGAAGAAGGAGCUGAAAUUUUAGAAUCCCAGAAGCAACGCAGGCGUGCAGCAAGAUCCCCGGCGGCUCCGACAUCUCUACGGCGUGUUGCGGUGGAGGCACAAAGGUCAAGGGAGGGAUCUGCCUCCAAGGCCCAGCUCAGAGAGCAGGGCAUUCACCAGACCAAGGUAGUUACCGCCUAUGCUGUCGCCGAGCAAUUCGACAUACGCAAAGUCCGAGACAUUUUACAAGAGAAAGGAUUUGAGCCGGAUCCAUUAAACACCGGACUUUACCCACAAGUCGUUCAUGUGCAGAUUCCCAUCGAUUCAAUAAGACGGGUUGGGAACCCAUCAACAGCGGAUCUCUCGUCCGACGAAGUAGGCGACAUUUUCGUCUUCCCGUCCGGAACAGUAGUGGCCUGGUCUCUACCCGAAGGAUUUACAUCUUUCCUGGCGACAAGAACUCUUCUCCCAGCAGCUGAGGGAGCCCAUGUGGACGACUUGGAAACUGAAGACCUCGAGUUCGUGGAAGAUCCCAAGCGAGAGAAUAGCAGCAUUAAGGGCGAUACCAUUAUUCUAGGAACCAAGUCCGGAAACCAGGGCUCGGAAGUCCCGUUCCCGCAACAACAAUCCAUUGAUACCGUCUUGACCAAAGUUGCUUUCUCAUCUGGCCUGGCUCGCAGUACAAAAUUGGCCGUUCUUGAGACGCUCCUGUCAAACUAUUUCGAGUCAACACGCACCAUCCCCACUCUUCUAUCAAAGGGCUCCCGUCUCCCAUAUACCCGCGAUUUCAUUCUCCGCAAGACCGGCCAACUACUCAGUGUGCGCGCACAGUUGAAUCUAUACUCUGAGCUUACCGACUCUCUUCCAGACAUCUUCUGGGACAGUCGGCAUGAGCUUGGAUUGGAGGGGUACUACGAACAAGUGGGCCGGGGCCUCGAUGUUGGGAUUCGCAUCAAGCUCCUGAAUGAAAAGAUGGACUAUGCGCAAGAGAUUGCCAGUGUACUACGCGAGCGUCUCAGUGAGACCCACGGCCUCCGACUCGAGUGGAUCAUUAUUCUGCUCAUUGCCGUCGAGGUUGGCUUCGAGGUUCUACGACUAUGGAAAGAAAGGGUGCACGAGCAAGAGGAGAAAGAAAAAGCAAAGGCGCGCAACCAAGGAAACUCGGUCAUUUAA